AUGGGGAAGAAAACAGCUCCAAGUUCCAGCAAUGGAAGCAACAAAGAACCAUCCAACAACAAGUCUUCUUCAUCAAGUCUCAUCAGCAUGAUCAUCAACCUCGUUACUGUUGUCUACACGUCGGGAUUUGUCAGCUUUCGCAUCGUGGAGAUUGCUUCCUUAACAGCAUUAUUCCCGAUGCAAGUAUUGACCUCCUUUGUGGCCUGUAUCUUCAUGAUGAAAGUCGCCAAGGUACCCUGGAGUCUUCUUGCCAUUCUCAGCAUGGCAGCCUUGGUCUGGAUUACCGAUGACUACAUUUUGGAACCCAUUCCCUCAUCACAACAACACAUGGUUGUGGUGAUUACUGGUGCCAACAGUGGAGUGGGGUUUGAAACAGCCAAGGCCUUGGCUCAGAAUGAAAACCCCGUGACUGUCAUUAUGGGAUGCCGGUCCGUCACCAAAUGCCAGGCGGCAGCCGAGACUAUACGAGCCACAACGACUUCAUCUUCUCGCGAUACCAAUGUGAUUCCAUUGCAGUUGGACUUGUCCAGCUUUGAAUCAGUCCAUCGAUUUGUGGACUCAGUCAAAGUAGCGACCUUUGGUUUACCAGUGGAUGUCUUGUUCAACAAUGCUGGUUACGUUCCUUUUGAAAAAGUGGAAACUCCCAACGAAUAUGGAUUGGACCCCUCUUUUACAUCGAUGCACUUGUCUCAUCAUCUUUUGGCCGAGCUGUUGGUGAAACAAAAUCCUCGCCUCCGUUUGGUGGCGACGAGUUCGGGGACCCAUCACACUUGUGCGAUGAAUACACUUUUGCCCAAACAGUUGCACAACGUUGUUGGAUUGACCAAUGCUCCCGGUUGCAUUGACCGUAGCUAUUUGGCGACCAAUAUUUACAGUGCUACCAAUGACGACAAGUAUAUUGUGGCCAAGAUGGCCAACGUACUCCAUGUGAGUGAAUUUCCCCGCCGACACCCUUCCUCAACAUCGAUUGCAAUUGAUUUGGGAUGGGUGGGAACCUCGAUUCAACCUUGGAUGUCGGGACAAAUCACGCCGACAUCAUUGGGGUGGAUGCGAUCGGCCAGGGUCGGUAUUUAUCCCAUGUUGCAAGCCAUUUUGCAGCCUUUCCCUCAAGAAAAUAGAAAUUGGUCCCAACAAGGAGGAGUGACCAUUGAUACCUUGGGCAACAUAAGGGAGCCCUUUUCGUAUCCUUGGUGGCGGGGAGAUGCCAGUCCUGAAACGAUGAAAGUUGUCAGCAAGGAACUAUGGACGAAAUCUACCGAGAUUCUACAACAGCAAGGUGGUUGUACCGUGUGCCAAUAG